AUGCGGCGGCAGUGGAGUCCCGACCGGCAUCUCCAGGAGCUGAAUCAACCAUCCCAGCAGAGGCGGUCGUUGUGCCCCCCUCUCCUCCUCCACUCUCUUUGAAGCUCCCUGUCGGCACGCGGCGGAGAGAGCAGACGGCUGGCUGUCCCCGCGCUCGCGCUGCCGGCAGAGAGCCGCGUGCCAGGUAUCAUGACGCACCAAAAAAUUGGGCACUUGCCUGGACUUUUCUCUUUCGGGGACUGCCAUGUGACUAUUCUUACGCUGCUUAAGUCGAGUUUUUGAAAGGCGCUCGUUGGACUGAGCUUGUGAGACUUUUUUUUUUCGGUUAAUCAGCUUCGCCCUGCGUUUCAUGUUGUUGUCAGUGCUUGAUGAUGUCAUUGUUUCUUUCAGAUGGAGCCGCGCUCUGCUGCGUCGUAUCUUUCCAAGUGUGAGGACUCUUUUUGCCAAUGUGUGUCCCUUGCUUCUCAAACUUGGACCGCUGCCUCUGCUCAUGGCGAGAAACAUCCAGGCUGCUCUCCAGCUCUGCAAAGAUCUCUCUCUGCUGUCUAACGAGGCAGUUUAAAGGGGGUUUACCGCCCAGAACUACCAGCCUAACGAACUCAUCAUCUAAUCCAAAAACUUUUCCUUUGCGAAUAAAGAUUCGCCUUCCUGGUCAGUUUGGAAGUUGUUGCCCUGGGACUGAAAGGAGUAAGCUGCACCUGAUUAUCUAAGCAUCCAAAUAUAUAUAUAUAAAAAAACACUUAAAGGUGUGCUAAAACGAGCACAAUGCUCAGAUGUGUUGACUUCUGUGAGAGCUAACGCGCAUAGGGAGCGAAAUGGGAUUGUAAACUAUGUGGAGUCAUUCCUGAGGACCGAGUCGCUUCUCUCCGCGGGUGCAUGGAGCAGAGUAGCCCGAGGAUGACGAGCGGAACCCGGGAGACGCCAGUGAACUCCUCCCCAGCGGUGGCGGCCAACGCUGAGGGUGAGGAGAUCGAGGUUUUGGAGAGCACCGACGUGCUCCCUGUGGCUCCAGAGGACCAAUGGAAGUCUCUGUUUGACAAGUAUGACCCAGACAACUCAGGCUUCAUCAGCACAGAGAGAUUCAGGGACCUCCUGGCAACCCAUGGAUCUGAGCUCGACCCUCACAAACUGGAGGUCCUGUUGGCCCUUGCCGACGGCAAUGCUGAUGGGAAGAUCUGCUAUCAAGACUUUGUUAACCUGAUGAGUAACAAGCGCUCCAACAGUUUCCGGAGAGCCAUCCUGCAGGGCAGCAGACAACUGAAAGGCUGCAGUCUAAGAGACGAGGUGGGCCUGGGGCUUCCCCAGCGGCUCGUCCGACACGUUGCCUAUGAAACGCUGCCCCGCGAGGUCGACAGAAAGUGGUACUUUGACAGCUACACCUACUGUCCACCACCCUGGCUCAUCCUUGUUAUCACUAUUGCUGAGGUAGCUGUAUUUAUGUACUACGGGUUUGUGCUAGACCGCCUUGUCCUGCAGGUGUCCAGUCCAUCUUUCCUGAAGAGCCCCUUACCCUACCACCCUCAGCUGCGGGCUCAGGCCUGGAGGUACCUCAGCUACAUUUUCAUGCACACUGGGAUUGAACACCUGAGCCUAAACAUGGCCAUGCAGCUGCUGGUGGGAGUCCCUCUAGAGAUGGUCCACGGGGCCCUGAGGAUCGGCCUGGUCUAUGUGUGUGGUGUGCUGGCAGGGUCUCUGGCUGUGUCUGUUACCGACAUGACAGCUCCAGUGGUGGGGUCAUCUGGUGGAGUAUACGCUCUGGUCUCUGCUCAUCUGGCCAAUGUCGUUAUGAAUUGGUCAGGAAUGAAGUGUCAGUUCAAGUUAUUUCGGAUGGCCAUGGCCCUGGUUUGCAUGAGCGUGGAGUUUGGUCGGGCGGUGUGGCUACGCUUCUACCCUCCGGCCUUCCCUCCUUGCCCCAAUCCCAGCUUUGUAGCUCACCUGGGAGGAGUGGUGGUGGGUCUGACUCUGGGUGUGGUGGUCUUACAAAACUAUGAGCAGAGACUCCAGGAGCAGUCUCUGUUUUGGAUCUUUUUCUGUGUCUACACCUUAUUUGUGCUCUGCGCUGUCUUCUGGAAUAUUUUUGCAUACAGCUUGCUUGAUGUGCGACUUCCUCCACCUCCGUGACUCAGUUUUGUUCUGUUGAUAGAUUCUUGACUGCCUGGCCAGAUGAGUUGGCUCAGCCUUAUGUUCUGAACCUCACUGCAGGGGUCAGAGCUGUGUGGCUUUCUCCUAAUGUGCAGCAAAUUAUGUGGUCAGAACCUUCUUGGCGCACCUGCAUCAUCCCUGCUAAUGUGUUAGCUAACCUCCACCUGCUCUUUGUCUGGAUCUCUGUUGGAUGUUUGUCUCAAGAGUAGCGCCCAGUGUGGGACAUUUAGUGGCUACAGAGAGACACCUUGGAUCUUAUACAGUCUUGUCUACAUGGCUUAAACUUCUCUGCCUCUUCCUCCUCAAUCCAGUGGUGCCUUUGCGUGGAGUCGUCAGCUUGAUGAAAGUAUUUCUGCACAGUUGCCUCUGUCUUUAACACUGACUGGCAGCAGUGAAACCAUGCAGUAUAAACCAUUUUCAGUCACAGAAGUACCUGAAAUCCUGUCAUCUACCUGCUUCCUCCAUGAUCAGUAAAUGAAUUUAAAAGUCAAGGCUUAGUCAGUGUUUUGUCAUCAUUACAAGCAGCUCAUAAGCAUAAGAGAGUAGAUUAAGCAGACAGAAGGACAGCUAAACUUCCCUGAGGUCCACAACACAGAGAAAGAUCAGAGUAUAUAAGCUACAGCAGGUUAUGAUGAAUUUACCUUUGAGAGAAAGACUGGGUCACAUAUUCAGUGUUGCCUUCAGGAUCUGGCAAUUCCCCAGAUUAGGGAGGAUUAAUAUAAACCUUGUGUCUUUGUGUUUUUGUGUGUGUGCAAGGAGUGUGGCAAUUGUGUAAACGUGUGUAUGAUCAGAGAAGAAGCAGAAGUGCCAUUCAGACUCUAAGCUUUUUAAAAUGAUGCCAAAACACCAGGGGAACUGCUCACCCCUUGACAAGAAUUGCUUUUGUUUAAGAAAGAUGAAUCUGAUUUUUCGUUGUAAGGAUUAAUUUGAAUGUAAUAAAAGACUUCCAUGAUCAUGGUCACUCUUCAGUCAGUCCAGAAAUGCAGUCAAACCUCUUGUCAUUUUAUGCUCCAUUAGACCAAAUACAGUGAUUUCUACAAUGUUUGAAAAUUUGGUAACACUUUAUUUUAGUGGGCCCUAAUUACCUGAUACCUUGCAAGUAAUUUUAGAGUAAUAAUUAUAAUUAUCUAGUUAUUUCUCAAGAUUAAGGUUAUGCUUAGCUAGUAACACAAGUAGUUACUCAGAAAUAUAGUAAUAUUAAGAAAGUAUUUACUGAGUAAGAACGUAUUAAUCAUAAAGUAAUUCUUUAUAAUAUUGUGGAAAUACUCUGUUAAGCAUUCUAAAUAUGUAUUCAUACUUUUAACAAACACACUAUAAUACAUUACAAGUAUAUUUAUAGUCGUUAUUGAUACGGGCAUUGAAUAAGCUAUGAUUACGUUAUGAGACAUAAAUAGUAAUGAGUGUUUAUAACUGUUAUAUUGCAUUGUAGGAGCUUUAUAACACAUUGUUAUAAUAUGUUAUAAUGCAUUACAGAGGUAAGAGGCAUAGAAAAGGGUUACCAUUAAGCCUUUAAUGUAACAGCAUAAGGCCAGUUUUUCUAAAUCACAUCAUGGAGGAUGGGCUCACUUUAUGAUGCUGAUAUUAAGAAGUUACUUACAAAUAACUUGUGAGUUGUGAAGAAAUGUAUUCAGAAAUUACUUAAAAACUACCUUAAAAUUCUGAAGAGAUGUAUCAAGAAACCACUGAAAAAUUACAUGGGAGACUAUGGGGAAAGGACUCAAUUUGAAUAAGUGGGCUAAUAUGCAGAAAUCAUCAAAAAAUACUUAGGAAUUAUGGAUUUUUUUUUUAUUUUUUAUUUUUUUUUUAGAAAAUUAUGAAUGAGGGCAUUCAGAAAUCCCAGGAGUUAUGUUCUAUUCAAGAGGGACACUAUCAUCUUUUUCUUCUAGGAGAUUACUGGGUAAAAUACACCUAAUUACAGAGAAUUUCCACAAUAAUAUGAGGAUUAACUUGAUAAUUAAUAAAUUAUUACCUAGUAAAUACUUCCUUAAUAUUGCAAUAUUUUAGAGUUAUUACUUGGUUAUUCCAAGUUAUCACUAUGUAAUUACCAGCGUAUUCAUGAGAAAUGACUAGAUAAUUAUACUUAUUACUUAAUGAUUACUAUGUUAUUACUAUAAAAUUACUAGGUUAUUUCUAAGUAAUAUGGGCUCACUAAAAUAAACAUUUAUUGAAAUUUUUGAUGAUUUGUCUGUGACUUUAUUUAUUGAACUAUGAGGUAAUGAGCCAAAAGAAAAAUGAAAAUAUUAACGUAUGGAGACAUCUGGGGCAUUCUGACUAAUCCCAAGUAUUUUACUCAUUACCAAACGCAGAUGAGCACACACAUGCCUGACCUCAAAUACAUCCAGGCUGGGGUCAUUUUGCUCUUAUAUCAGUCAAAGUUUGGGCAGAGAAGUAAAUCAGUGCUCUCUCGUUUGUCCAUCACAACUUGGAUUGUUAAUUGAUUGAACAAGGAUAGAAAACGACCCCAGCCUGACGCUGUGAGUCUCUAACUGUACUGUACUUUAAUUAUGUUGCACUGGUAACUGCUUCGCACAAACAUUAUUAUAAUGUAAUUAUAGACAGAUUAAUAUUUUAACAUGCAUUGGCUCUGUAUUUUUUUUACUCUGUGAUAUCAGUAUGUUGUGUAAAUUGGGUUGUCAUUUUGUUGUGAUGCUAGCUGUACCCUGUAUGUACCCUAUUUAAAACCUGUUAAAGAUGGUCUGGGAUUGUAUAUAAUAAGGGCUAUGACACAAAGCUGAGUGAGGGGUAAAUCGCUGAUAAUAUUUUAACAUUGUGCAUAUUUUGUAGAUUUGAUAUGUACAUAC